CGCAACUGAGCCAACUGACUUAUGAAGAGCAUGUUUCAGGAAGAAGUUGGCGCCCUUGCUACAUAAGCUGUUAGCUUAAAGGCUAACUGGGAAAACAAUGAAAAUUCGUCCAUGUAGAAAUUUUGCCCUUCGUCGCAGUUGAAGAAAUCGAAAAUGAGUGACAUGGAAUUCAACGUUCCCCUGUCAUCACUGGCCCUCCUGGUGCCACCACUGAGGCUGAUGUCAGCGGUGAUGUGGGAAGUGGUUCGCCAGAGGAACAUUAAGCAUUAUGGGAAGCUGGAGGAGUUCGUAACCAUGGUGACAGAUGCUGUUCCCGAGCUCAUGAGUAAAAGAGAGGGCAGACUUUUGUCACUCGGCCUGAGGGCCAGGACCACUCUUGAAUUGUUACAUUCUGAGCAUCCGGACGAUCUUAAAGCUGUGGAAACUCACCUCAACAGAAUCCGAUCAUCUUGCAUUGAAGAGACAAAUGAUCCUGCAAUUGAAGCACCAGAGGCCAACUUUAUGAAGCUGGUUCAAGGCCUGAUUGAAGAUACCGACGGCAGGGAACAUUUCCUCAAGAACGUGUUCCCAGUGGAGUACGGCCCUGAUUUCGACACAGCGCUGGAGACGCUUGUUUGCGAAUUCUUCACCAGGCUCGAGGAGCUGCUGCCAAUCCCAGAUUUCAAGCAGACCGCGUCUUGGCUUAAUGCCUCCCCCUCUGUCCUCGAGGAGUACAUCCAGUGUGUGUCAACUGGAGAAGACCUCAAAUUUCUCCUCCAAAGCAAAGAAUGUCAUGGAAAAUUGGCAAAAAGUACUGUUGCUCCUUUUCACUCGGACGAUCUCCUCAUCCCGUCCUUGUCGCUGCCCCCCUCUUUGGAAGUGGCCAUCGCCUCCCACCCGAGCGCCUGUGACGAUGACCACAACGUUCCCCAGAUCGUCAUGUUUGACGAAGAACUGUCCACGAACCCUUCCACGUCGACCGACUUUGCCGACUCUCCGAAAAGAACGGAUCUGUCCUCGUCCCCUUGUCACAGACCGCAGGUGGCGACGCACAAAUGUUCCGAAUGCGGCAAAUGCUUCAAGCAUCAUUCCGCGCUGGUGGAGCACCGGCGCGUCCACAGCGGCCAGCAACCUUACAACUGCUCCGAGUGCGGGAGGGCUUUCAGAACAGCCACUCUGCUGGCCGGCCACCGGCUGCGCAAAUGCAAAAAUGCGGCCUACCUGUGCAUCAAAUGCGGGAACAGCUUUCCCUCAUCCCUGGACAAAUUCCGACACCACUGCCCGAAACGAGGACGUAACUACGAUUGCGGGCACUGCCGAAAGACAUUCCAAAAGUCGAGCAGCCUGAAGGAACACCUCCUCACUCACGUUCCGAGCCGCCUGUUCAAGUGCAGCCAUUGCGGCGAAGGGUUCUCCGGCAUCGGUGAUCUGAAGUAUCACCAGCAGGUGGAUCACGACAAACCGUACCAGUGCAAACAGUGUGGCAAGAGCUUCAUCUCCUCCAAGUGUUUGGUGAAGCAUCAGCAGCGCCACGACGAAGUCGGCGCGAUGGAGGCCUCCAAAUUGCUGGGUGGAGGCAAGCGCAAGAAAUGCGGCGCGGCUCAUCGGAUUUCCUCUUUGCCCUCGAGGAAACUGGCCGUCAAAUCCGCCUACCCUCGGGGGCGAGUCGCCCACAACUGCCCGCUGUGCGGAAGGAGUUUCAAGUACCGCUUUGAGUUUCUCGAGCAUCAGCGGUUCCACACGGCCGUCAAGCCGUACAAAUGCUCCCAGUGCGGCAAAGCCUUCCGCACCGAGGCCCACCUGUCUGGCCACCGGAAAAGGAAGUGCAAGAACGCCGCCCACAUCUGCACCAAGUGCGGCUGUCAGUUCAGGUCCAUGCACGAAUGCGUCCGGCACCAGUGCGUGCAGCUGCUGACCAAAUACGAGUGCUCGCACUGCGGCAAGACCUUCAAGAUGGCCCACCUGCUGAGGAACCAUCAGAUGACUGAACAUCAGCUCCCCUACAGCCCCAACCAUCGCUUCAGGUGCCGCUACUGCGACGAGACCUUCCCCGGGAUCAGCGAGCUCAAGUAUCAUCAACGGGUCGACCACGAGAAACCCUACCAGUGCCGGGAGUGCGGCAAAUGCUUCUUGUCGGAAAAGUGCUUGUCCAAUCAUGAGCUGCGCCACAACGACGACAGGCCGGAGAGCUGCCCGGUCUGCGGCCGCGGCUUCCGAAACCGCUACGACUUGAAGCAGCACAUGCGCACACAUACGGGCGAGCGUCCCUACCAAUGCACGCACUGCUCGCAGUGCUUCUCCACGGCCGGCGGCCUGAGGAGCCACACGCGGGUUCACACCGGCGAGAAGCCUCACGUGUGCCCGGAUUGCGGCAAGGCCUUCUCGCAGAUGGGCGCCAUGCGCACCCACAGGCUCACCCACACCGGCGAGAGGCCCUUCAAGUGCACGGUGUGCGGCAAAGGCUUCACCAUGGCGCACAAGGUGACGGUGCACAUGCGCGUCCACACCGGCGAACGGCCCUACGUGUGCUCUCAGUGCGGAAAGGCCUUCUCGGACGGAAGCGUGCUCAAGCAACACAUGCUCAACCACUCGGGGGUGCGACCUUUCCACUGUCAGAUCUGUCCCAAGACGUACACCUGUCUAAACCACCUGAGGAGGCACCUCAAAAGUCACUCGGCCGUGAACUGACAUGGAGCGGUACCCGCGCAAGGCAAAAAGGUGAAGUGUUACUCUGCAAAGUCAUCAAUAUUUGCAAUCGUGUAACCCCUCCCACCCCCAAAUUUCGUCCAAAGGACUGCAUCUUUUUUUUUUCCUUUUUUUUUUUUUUUUGUCAAGCACGUUUGAAAUGACUGCGCUACUAAACCCCAAAGUCUCCAUUUUGAAGGACAAGUAUUGAUUGACAUUGGGUUCCGUAACCUUUCCUGAAAGGCAACAAUGUCAAGUCAGCAACUGUCUCUUUCUACCCUUUAUGGUUUUCUGAGUUUGACAAGUUCAAAUUAAAUGACAUUGGUUACAA